AUGUUAUCACCUGCUAAACAAACUCGAGAUGAGGGAGGAAAUACGAAAUUUUAUUGCACUGCUGGUGGAAAUCCACGUCCUAGAAUCGAAUGGAGAUUCAAGGGCAGAAAGCUUCUGUCAGGAUCUAAACACUGGAUCGAAGAUGAUGGAGACCUGAACAUUAAACAUUUAAACUACAGAGACGCAGGACAGUAUACGUGUGUUCCUACAAAUAUUCUUGGCUCACAUCAAGCUUCCGGUAAUUUGACUGUUCGAGGCCUUCCUAUCUUCACCUCGGUACCUCCACCGCUUAGAAUACCAGAAGAGCGAUCCACUCUUCGCGAAUUUUGUCAAGCCAAAGGGUUUCCACUUCCUGUGAUAAACUGGACCAGAUCAGGAAUGCCUUUGCCUGUUGGCAAAACUGAAGUAAAAGAUGGUAGUCUCACCAUAAAGAACCUGAGUCCUGCUGACAGCGGAUUGUAUGAAUGUGUAGCAACAAACAGCAUGGGUACAAAGAAAGCCAAGAUGAACGUGGUUUUACAGAAACAACCAGAUUGUGAUUGCUGGCGCAUCGAAGAACCAGAUGAUCCAACUUCAGGCUGGGGUUACUUCCUUGGAAGGGUUGACGCCAUUGAUUUCCAAACAAAUGGUGACAUCAUUUUAACGGGCUACCGUCUGUGGGGAGUCAAAAGCGGUUCAACAAACGUUCAGGUCACCAUUGGUUUGUAUCUUGGAAGUUCUUUGAUAGCAGAAAGAAAUGGAUCCUACAACACCAUAUCCACUGAUAUGACAUUUGAAGUGCAUUUCUCGCAAGAGAUUUCUAUUCGUGCAGGGCUGUUAUACACUGCAACCGCUCAAAUAACGAUAAACGCAAGUACUUUUCAUCACGAGGAUGGCAUGUCCAGUGUCUCAUGUUCUGGUGUGACAGUUACCUUUCAAUCGUCAUCAAAAGACAGCAACAAGACUUCAGUGCGUCGGGGCCAGAUACCAGCCCUUAUCUUCCGUUCUUCAUUAUGUCAAAAGUGAACAACGCAGCCCCGGUUUACAAAUCAUGUUGUCGUGACCUCUUAUUAACCAUUAUAAUAUAGAUAGGACCCUGCGCGCGCUCUGACUGGCCAAAAACCCAUGUUUUAUCAGAGUAUACAACAUAGAAAAAGCGUGUUUUAUUGUUUCGUGCGUGUAAAAUCUGUAUCAUAAAGCAAAUGAAGAAGCAGCAUUGUCCAAUUUAUGUCUUUAUUUAACAAAUAAAGAAGCCUAAGCCGUGUAUUACACUGUGACAAAACA